CUCUCAUGAACUGAUCUCUUCAUCAUUCUUCUUCUUCUCACUAAAUUCUCCCUCACACAAAAACUUCAAUUGACCUCCAAACAAGUUCUUGAUCUAACUUGCGAACGUUGAUUAGCUCACAAUUCAUAAGAGUUAAAUCACUGGUCGCUUUUGAGCUUGUGCAUUCACAUGUAUAUGUAGAUGUAUGAGGAAGAAAAGAACAAUAUCGUUAAUAAUCAAGAAGAACUGAGACUGGAGAUGGCCUUUCCACAGCAUGGAUUCAUGUUUCAGCAACUCCAUGAGGAAAAUUCUCAUCACUUACCUUCCCCUACCUCUCUACCUUCUUGCCCUCCUCACCUCUUCUACGGAGGAGGAGGAGACUACAUGAUGAACAGAUCAAUGUCGUUCACGGGAGUAUCAGAUCACCAUCAUCUAACUCAAAAAAGCCCGACCACGACGAACAUGAAUGAUCAGGACCAGUUGGGGGAGGAAGACAAUCUAUCAGAUGAUGGGUCCCAUAUGAUGCUAGGAGAGAAGAAGAAGAGGUUGAAUUUAGAGCAAGUUAGGGCAUUGGAGAAGAGCUUCGAGCUAGGGAACAAGCUGGAGCCAGAGAGGAAGAUGCAGCUUGCUAAGGCUUUAGGGUUGCAGCCUAGGCAGAUUGCUAUAUGGUUUCAGAACAGGAGAGCUAGAUGGAAGACAAAGCAGCUCGAGAGAGACUAUGAUUCUCUCAAAAAACAGUUCGAUGUUUUGAAAUCGGACAAUGAUUCUCUUCUAGCCCACAACAAGAAACUCCAUGCUGAGUUAGUGGCGUUGAAGAAACAAGACGGUAAAGAAUCAUCAAAGAUCAAGAGAGAAUUAGCAGAAGCUGCGUGGAGCAACAAUGAAGGCACACAAAAUAAUAAUGAUAAUUCAGAUAUAAAUCAUGUGAACAUGAUCAAAGAUCUUUUCCCUUCUUCUGUCCGAUCCGUGACUACCACCACGACCUCAUCCCAUAUUGAUCAUCAGAUGGUUCAAGAUCAAGGAUUUUGCAAUAUGUUCAAUGGCAUUGAUGAAACGACGUCGGCUAGUUAUUGGGCAUGGCCUGACCAGCAGCAACAACAGCAGAGUCAUCAUCAGUUCAGUUGAGCACAUUGUCCAAGAAGAGCAUCGAUCAUAAUCCAGAAUAACCUCAUCAUCAUACUCAUCUUAUACCAACAUCAUCAAAAGAAAACUUCGUCGAUUUUUCCACUUGAGUAUUUUUAAAUUAUUUGGUACUGUUUGAAUCGUUUUUCUUUUCUGUUACUUUGGGGUUUGUAGAAAAUUGGUGUAUAGGGA